CACGGCCUUUCGACGGCCUCACGACUCACUGUCGUCCGCAACGAGCUUAAUUUGAAAAGAUACCGAGGUUUAUCUCGGGAAAUACCCGCUAAAAAUCAACUAACGUGAAAUAUGGAUAAACGUAUCCCCAUACCCCUUGAACUCAUUGAUAUAGUCAUCAGUGAAUGUCAUCUCGACAUUCCUACCCUACGUUCCAGCUCUCUAGUUUGUCGAUCCUGGUCUCCGCUCGCUCAGUCCCACCUUUUCUCCCACGUCCGCAUCAAGCCUGAGGGACUCUGCACCUUCCCGGGGGGUCUAUACUCAGUGGAUGAAUUUUCCUAUCACGUCGAGUAUCAAGGCGUUCCCAGCGCAAACUUCUCCCAUUGUGGCAAACUAGCCACCUUUGCAGCACUUUUAAAGUCGACCCCCCAUGUCGGACCGUUCGUGAGAGAGCUGCACGUCGGGGCAUACCAGGAUGAAGUAUGGCCGCGACACUCGAGCGACAUUCGAGAGAUCGUAAACAUUCUCUUACCCAAGCUCUUCUGCUUGACGAUCAAAUUUCACAAGCUACAGAGCUGGGAGGAGCUACCGUUUACUGCCAUCUCAAAGUCAUCGAAGUUGACGUAUCUGGAGAUAUCUCAUAUCCUGUUUCCUUCCGUCUCUAGCUUCCUUGACUUUCUCGGAGUAUUCCCGGCGCUGAAGGUCCUUAUCCUUGGCGGGGACGUGUGCAUCGAAAACGCCGCCCCUGUAUCUCAAGUCCACGUUGUGCAGUCUAAGCCACAGCUACGCGCCUUGACAGUCCACACCACCCCAUCUUCCUACUGUACCAUCCUAGACUGUCUCUUGUCACCUUCCUCCCCCAUCAAUGUGACUACCAUCCGAAGUUUAUCUCUCUUUUGUCGUCUUCGAGACAAGAACACCUCCAAUAGUUCCGUAACGCAAUCUACGACACAGUUAUUGACCCACAUCAGCAGUCCUUUAGAACAUCUCCGGUUGCCCAUCACUUUGACUGAUCCGCUCUCCAAAUUAAUCUCAGUCUCCCAGCUUCGGUCAUUAUACGUCUGCAGCCAAGCAGGAGUGCCCAAAUGCCUGGAUUGGCUUAUCCAGACGCUAUCCCAACCAUACUCCUUGGCAUUGACGUCGCUCUCCAUAGACGUCCUACAUACGACCCUCUUCUGCGAUGACAGAUUCGAGGCUACCACCAAGCUAUGGACCGACCUCGCCGCAGUUCUAGAUUCCAGCGGCGUGAACGUAACGAGCAUAACAGUGCGGAUUAAAGGUGUCAGUCGUUUCGCUCGCAUGGGUGCCCAGGCGCAGGAUGUGAUGAAGAUACUGAAUGGACAUGGCAGAGGGCUGGAGACGGAGGUGUAUUACUAUCGAGGUGAUGCAGUGUAUUGCGGUAAGCCAUUUACAGAGGAAAACAGUUGGUCUGAUGUUAAAUUUCAGGGUCAUACCUAGAUUCGCGUCACAUUAUGCCGCCGCGUCGUGAGCCGACGGAUUGGGCGGCUAUCUGGGGUGUCUAAAGGAUGUUUUGGUGCUGCGUUUGCUUCAUAAAUUGUGGCUAGACUAAUACCCAUUAGUACAAGUCAAUUUUUUCUUGGAAAAUACCAAAAGUUGCUGGUCUAUCAUAUCGUUCGCUUUCAGCCGCUUAGACUGUCGUGCUGUUCCCCCUGCCAAUGUCACACAAUAUGAUACCCUUAUAUGCCGUAGAUGGGACCCUGUGAUUGCCAUUUACCAUCCUGAUCCGUAU